GAGGCUGACAGGCUGACACCCACACCUGCUGGAGGCUGACAGGCUGACACCCACACCUGCUGGAGGCUGACAGGCUGACACCCACACCUGCUGGAGGCUGACAGGCUGACACCCACACCUGCUGGAGGCUGACACCAGCAUCUGUUGGACACUAACAAUUGCAGCUGCUAGAUGUUGACACAUCUUCAGUCUUCCCCUGGCACCUUGCCACCAACAUUGUCACAGCUCACACAUCUUUCAUUACCUUGUCUCAGCACCUAGAAGUCAUGUAGUGUGCCAGAACCGUAAGGGUCGUUGUGCUACUCGGGAUUGGGUUGGCGAGACGAGACAAACGUGAGCCUUUGAUGGCUUAGAUCACGGGGUAAUUUCCAAAGAGGUCCAAAGUCUUCAUAACACUGGAUUGCUACAGAGGAAUACAGACUAAAGGCAGGACCAAAGAGCCAAAGCUCAAGCCCCACAAGCACAACUAGGUUAUUUGGGAUUAGGUCCGAUAUUGAAUGAGAAACGGCGGCACUGUAACUUCAAAUAUGGAUAGCUAUUCUCCUAAGCUGGCAGGAGAGCUACACACCUACAAUUACAACAGUAGUUCACAGCAUUUUGGGUCUGUAUCAGGUGGUGUGCCAGAGUCUAUUCAACCUAUGACGUCUUCUCCCCAGUUUGUUGCCCAGCAGAGUCAUUCAUCUAGCCAGUUAGAGAGCAACACAGGCUUAACACCAGGGCCAGCAACUAGCUUACAAGAAGAAUUUUGCGAGGGGACUGGUGUUGGAGGAGGUGGCGGGCGCAAGAAAAAAAAGAAACAGAAAAGCGGAGACGUUCCAAGUGCUGCUAUGAAACCCAACCUAAUGGCUGAAGAGGACCUUGUUGAUGCUGCCAUACCACUGAUCUCAGAAAAUCAAGCAGGUGUGGAAGAUCUGUUAUUUCCAGCAUCAUUGCCCUCAACUGGCGGAACAUUAGUGGGUGGCCAUUACCUUCUUAACAAUAACCUGCUUGAUCAGAUACUGACAGAAAAGAAAAUGGUGAGUGUGUGUGUGAGCGCUGCACUGUUCUUCAUUACUCGAGUAUCCACAUUAUUAGAGUACUGUACUGUAAUUUGAUAUCCAGCUUUGUUGCUCGUGUGCCAUCUCAAGUUUUAUUGCUUAGUGAAAGCGUGACUUUCUGGCUCAUUGUUUACAUUAGUUUGUGACAUCUGCAGAAAAGUUAAAUACUGUAAUGUUAACUUAACACAAGGAAAUUUGGGUGACACUUUCAAACUUUUACAGUGUAUCACAGAAAUCACAUUGGCAUACUUCUCACAAUUUUAGUGUCAUUAUAUAUUUUUACUAGUGUGAUGAUAAAUGAGUUUUU